CCGGAGGUUGAUAAAGAAAUAAGUGCAACUAAGGAAAAUUUAUUAUUUAUAACAAAAAGUGUAUGUAAAAAUAUAAAAUGACACGCAUAAUAUUUUUACAUCCAGAUCUUGGAAUCGGUGGAGCCGAAAGGUUAGUAGUUGAUGCUGCUUUAGCUUUAAAGAAAAAUGGUCAUGACGUUUCUUUCGUGACAACUCAUCACGAUCCGGAUCACUGUUUUCUUGAAACGAAAGAUGGUACGAUUCCCGUUACAGUUGUUGGUAACUGGUUACCGAGACAUAUUCUAGGUAAAUUUUUUGCAUUAUGUGCUUACAUUCGAAUGGUAUAUGCAGCAACCUAUAUAAUAUUUUUAAGAAACCGUCCAGAUUUAGUAUUUUGUGACUUAGUAUCGGUAUGUAUACCCAUUCUUCGACUAUACAUUCCCUAUAUUGUGUUUUAUUGUCAUCAUCCGGAUCAAUUACUUUCUACGCCUGGCAGUUAUUCCAAAGCAUUGUAUCGUGUACCUCUUAAUUAUUUAGAAGAGAUUACAACUGGGAUGGCUCAUAAAAUUUUUGUAAAUAGCUUAUACACAUGUAACGUAUUUAAAUCAACGUUUAAGAAAUUACAUGUUCAACCAGAAGUCCUGUAUCCUUCUAUCAAUACAGACUUCUUCGACAAAACAAGAAUAGUGAUAUUAGAAAGAAUAUUGGAUAGAAAAUUGUCAGAUGAUAACAUCAUUCUCUUAUCUAUUAACAGAUAUGAGAGAAAGAAAAAUUUAUCUCUCGCAAUAGAAACACUUGCCUAUCUUAAAAACUCUUUAACUGAAGAAGAAUACAAACGAUUGUAUUUAAUUAUGGCUGGKGGAUAUGAUAAAAGAGUUGAGGAGAACGUCGAACAUUAUUUGGAAUUAAUAGAACUUUCAGACGAAUUACAUGUUACGGAUAAAGUAAUCUUCUUACGUUCUCCUUCUGACAUUUAUAAAGUUUCUCUUCUAAAACACUGUGAUAUUCUGAUAUACACUCCGCAAAAUGAACAUUUUGGUAUUGUUCCAUUAGAAGCUAUGUAUAUUGGUAAACCUGUAAUUGCUCAUAAUUCUGGUGGUCCUAUGGAAUCAGUUAUCGACAAAGUUACUGGAUAUUUAGUUAAUGGUUCUAGCAAAGAAUUUGCUGAAAAAAUUAAAAUACUGAUAAAAAAUCCGUCUCUCAUAGAAAAAUAUGGAAAAGCUGGUAGAGAACAGUUUCUUAAAACAUUUAGUUUUACAGCAUUUAGCAAUCAGUUGAGUAAAGCAAUAGACGAACUAAUUAACUGUAAGAAAGCUUAAUUUAAUUAUCUUUUUCCAAAUAUCAUUCUUUUUUAAAAUAGAUACGUUAUUUAUUACGAUUAUUAAUUAAAAAUAUAAUAUAUAUUUAUAAAAUAAAAGUUUCAAAUCUUUUAUUCUCAAGAGAGGUAAGGGGAACUUAACUAUAUCCAAUUAAAUCUAUUAAAUUAUGUUUUCAUUACUCUAUUAAGACUGAAUAUGAUACUUCAAAUUAUAUGUAGAUUAUAAGUUUCUCUUAAGGAGUUUAUAUAAAAAUUAUAUAUAUUAUUUAUGCAAAAUGUGCGGAAGUUGCUAAAUAUUUAAUUUAUAAAAAGUUACAAUAAAUAAUUUCUAUAUGCAUUGUUUUUACAUUAACAAAGUAUAAGAAAAAAUUGUUAUUGGAAAAACUGAUAUUUAAUGCAGAAAUGAAAACGAGUCUUACGAUCUAAUAAGAAUGAAUUCUAAAAGAUAAAUUAAAAAUAUAUAUACUAAAUUUUACUAUUUUACAAAAAAAAGAAAUUAAACAUUUUUGUAACGUAUAUUACAUACAAAUAUAUUUUAUACGCAUCGACGUAAAAUUCAUUUUUGAUUUUCAUUAUCUUUCUUCUUUAAAACAUAUAAAUAAAACAAUAAUAAGUGAUAAAAGUUAGCUGAAAAUAUCCCAAACUUCAACAAGAAAGGAUUAAUACGAUAUAAAUUAUAAUAAUUCCUA